CAACUGAGUCACCCUGUACAUUAGCAGGAUGCUAUCGGCGCCCUGACCUUAGCAGGAUUAUCAUCAGGCCGACCUUGCAGUGCGAUUAAUCCGGCAGUUGUUGCUCGACUACUGCGUGUUAAAUGGGUGACGAGGCAGCUGGGCGCACGAUGGAAGCCUUUUUCGUGGGCGUGGACGUGGGCACGGGGAGCGUGCGGGCCGCCCUAGUGGGCGCCACUGGGAAAAUCGCGAAAAUCCACGCGAAACCGACGCGCACCUGGAACACGCAGCCCGACUUCUACGAGCAAUCGAGCGACGACAUCUGGUUGGCCGUGGUCGAGUGCGUCAAGGCGGUGGUGGAGGGCGUGCCCCCCACCCAGGUGAGGGGCGUGGGCUUCGACGCCACCUGCUCAUUGGUCUGCCUGGAUGGGGAGGGGCGGCCGCUGACAGUGAGCCCGACGGGGCGCGACGCGCAGAACGUCAUCCUGUGGCUGGACCAUCGCGCUGUCAAGGAGACGGAGUUUAUCAACGCGCAGCGCCAUCCGGUGCUCAACUAUGUGGGCGGCAAGAUCUUCCCCGAAAUGGAGACGCCCAAGCUGCUCUGGCUGAAGCGCCAUCUGCCGGCCACGUGGGCGGCGGCCGCCCACUUUUUCGACCUGCCGGACUUCCUCACCUGGAGGGCCACUGGAUGCGAGUCCCGGUCCUCCUGCUCGCUGGUGUGCAAGUGGGCGUACGAAAUGACAGUGGAGGGCGUGGAGGGCUGGAGCCCCGCCUUCUUCGAGCAGAUCGGGCUGGCGGAGCUGGCGGCGGAGGGCUGGCGGCGCAUCGGCGCCCACGUCCAGCCGCCAGGGAGCGCUGUCGGGCGGGGCCUGUCGGCGCGCGCCGCCGCCGAGCUGGGGCUGUUGGCGGGCACGCCAGUGGGCACGUCGAUGAUCGACGCCCACGCCGGCGGCCUCGGCCUGAUUGGCUGCCAGGCGGAGGGCGUGGCCGCCGCCUUCGACACGCGGCUGGCGCUGAUCUGCGGCACCUCCACCUGCCACAUGGCGGUGUCGCGGGAGGCGGUGUUCGUGGGCGGCGUCUGGGGCCCCUACAAGAGCGCCAUGGUGCCGGGCUUGUGGCUGAACGAGGGCGGCCAGAGCGCCACCGGCAAGCUGCUGGACCACGUCAUCGACACGCACCCGGCCGCCCCUGCAAUCCGCGCCAAACUCCCCGAAAACACGCACAUGGUGGAGUACCUGAACGCGCUGCUGCAGGCGAUGGCCAGAGGGCGGGGCCUGGCCAGCCCCGCCCUGCUCACUGAGGAGCUGCACGUUUACCCGGAUUUCCAUGGCAACCGGCUGCUGGCCGACCCCAGCCUGAAGGGCAUGAUCAGCGGGCUGACGCUGGCCAGCGACGAGGAGAGCCUGGCGCUGCUCUACUUGGCAACGGUGCAGGCGCUGGCGUACGGCACGCGGCAGAUCCUGGAGCGACUGACGCAGGCGGGGUACGACCGGCUGCAGUCCACGCUGAUCUGCGGCGGGCUGAGCAAGAACCCCAUUUUCACGGGGGCGCAGGCCGACGUGUGCAAGCUGCCAGUGGUGUGCCCCCACGAGGUGGAGAGCGUGCUGCUGGGGGCCGCCAUCCUGGGGGCGGCAGCCGCCCAGCACUUUGACAGUCUGGAGGCGGCGGUGCGCGCCAUGGGCGGGGGCGGCACCGCAGUGCCGCCCGACCCCGCCCUCCAGGCCUACCACGACCGCAAGUACCGGGUGUUCCUGCAAAUGCACGCCGACCAGCUGCUCUAUCGGCGCCUGAUGCGCGAAUAAGCAAUGCUGAAUAAUAAAACUGGAAUAAUUAAAG